AUGUCUGGUUGGGAUGAGGGAGGCGUUUUCUACAGUGACCACGCGCAGUUCCCCACGGCCGGCGGCGGCGUCAGCGACCCGACGGAGGCGGCCAGCCGCCACGCGGUGCUGCAGAAAUGCAAGGAGUUCAUAAGGAGCUUCCAGCACAAGAGCCAGCCCAAUGUCUUCCCCUACAGAGAGGCCCUUCUGUCCAACCCCAAGUACCUGCUCGUCGAUCUAGCCGACCUCAUUUCCUACGAUCCCGACCAAACCCUCCCUCAGUGCCUUCGCCAGAACCCCGCCGAUUACCUCCCGCUCUUUGAAACUGCAGCAGCAGAGGUCCUGGUGGGUCUAAAAUCCAGGGUGGCUGGAGAAGCCGGAGAAAUGGAGGAGCCAGUGCCUGGUGAAGUGCAAGUGCUGUUGAGGUCCGAGCAGAAUCCCGCGUCAAUGCGUUCCCUCGGGGCACAAUAUAUUUCAAAGCUGGUAAAAAUAUCUGGGAUUGUCAUUGCUGCAUCGAGAACUAAAGCAAAAGCAACAUAUGUGACAUUAUUAUGUAAAAACUGUAAGAAUGUCAAGCUUGUGCCCUGUCGUCCUGGGCUAGGUGGAGCUGUCGUCCCGCGAUCUUGUGACCAUGUCGCUCAGCCUGGGGAAGAUCCUUGCCCAAUUGAUCCAUGGAUUGUUGUUCCUGAUAAAAGCAAGUACGUUGAUCAACAGACGUUGAAACUCCAAGAAAAUCCUGAGGAUGUGCCAACUGGAGAGUUGCCAAGAAACGUGCUUCUUUCUGUUGAUCGCCAUCUUGUGCAAACAAUUGUUCCUGGCACAAGAUUGACCAUUAUGGGCAUAUACAGUAUCUUUCAAGCUGCCAGCUCAUCCACUACUCACAAAGGAGCAGUUGCAGUUAGGCAGCCGUAUAUUAGGGUUGUUGGACUUGAAGAAAGUACAGAGUCAAAUUCUCGGGGUCCAACUAAUUUCACCAGAGACGAGAUUGAAGAGUUCAAAAAGUUUGCUUCAGACAGUAAUGCCUAUGAGCAAAUAUGUUCCAAGAUUGCUCCAUCAAUAUUUGGCCAUGUAGACGUGAAGAAGGCUAUUGCCUGCCUUCUUUUUGGUGGUUCCAGAAAGACUUUACCUGAUGGAGUAAAAUUAAGAGGGGAUAUCAACGUAUUGCUGUUGGGGGAUCCAUCUACAGCCAAAUCACAGUUUCUCAAGUUUGUUGAGAAGACAGCUCCAAUAGCUGUGUAUACGUCUGGAAAAGGAUCAUCCGCUGCCGGUUUGACUGCUUCUGUCAUUCGCGACAAUAGUUCUCGGGAGUUUUAUCUGGAAGGUGGUGCUAUGGUCCUGGCAGAUGGAGGUGUCGUUUGCAUUGACGAAUUCGAUAAGAUGAGGCCAGAAGACAGAGUUGCCAUUCAUGAAGCUAUGGAGCAGCAAACAAUUUCCAUUGCUAAAGCAGGAAUAACAACUGUUCUUAAUUCAAGGACAUCCGUGCUUGCUGCAGCCAAUCCCCCAUCUGGCCGUUAUGAUGAUCUCAUGUCUGCUCAAGACAACAUUGAUUUGCAGACCACUAUUCUUUCCAGAUUUGACUUAAUUUUUAUUGUGAAAGAUAUCAAGAUGUAUGCGCAAGACAAGAAUAUUGCCAGUCACGUCAUCAAAGUUCAUGCCUCUGCUGAUGCUGCUAUGAGUGAGAUAAGGACUUCCAAAGAGGAUAACUGGCUGAAGAAGUACAUACACUAUUGUCGAACUGAAUGCCAUCCCCGCCUCUCAGAAUCUGCAGCUUCUAGGUUGCAGGAGAGCUACGUUAAGAUUAGACAGGACAUGAGAAGGCAAGCAAAUGAAACUGGGGAGGCAGCUGCUAUACCUAUUACAGUGAGGCAGUUGGAAGCUAUAGUCAGAUUGAGCGAAGCUCUUGCUAAAAUGACAUUGUCUCAUGUUGCAAACGAUAACCAUGUCCUUGAAGCCAUGAGACUCUUUAAUAAUGCCACCAUGGAUGCGGCCCGUUCUGGAAUAAACCAACACAUAAACCUCACUCCAGAGCUAGCGAAUGAGAUAAAGCAAGCUGAAACCCAGAUAAAGAGAAGAAUGGGAAUUGGAAGCCAUAUAUCUGAGAGGCGGCUAAUUGAUGAGCUCACUAGGAUGGGCAUGAAUGAAUCUAUUGUUCGAAGGGCCUUAUUGAUAAUGCACCAAAGAGAUGAAGUAGAAUACAAACGGGAAAGACGAGUAAUUGUACGUAAAGCCUAA